UCCUUAAAUGUAAUUUAUAACAAUUUAUCCCAAACUGUAAAUCUAACAAUAACCAAUCAGAGCACCCUGGAAUCCGAUGUGAGUGACGGAGUAUCCAAUCGGUGCAGGCGUCUCACGAGCGAGUAAAGAUGGCGGCGGGCUCCGAUUUACUGGAUGAUGUUUUCUUCAACACAGAGGUGGACGAGAAAGUAGUUAGUGAUCUAGUUGGGUCUUUGGAGUCUGAGCUCACGGGAUCGGGUCGUGGAAAGUCUUCAGUUAGGGUCCAGGCUGCAGCAAAUCACAUUGACAACUCAGCUGUAGGUCGCAAUUCCAAUGUCCAGGACAGCGAAAUGGGACUUUCACAAGAGCUUGCUAAACCAGGGACUGGCGUGCCAGGGGGGGUCAUUAAUAGUAGGAGGUCCCAGGGUUCAACCAUGUAUGCUGCGGUCGGGACAACGGCGGUGGGAUCGAGCAUGACAGCCGGGCACAGUCCGAGCAAGACUGGGGCAGUCAGUGGUGUGAUAACGGAGGUUCCCGAUCACGGAGCUGGGAUCAGAAAAACUGGGGCGGCUGGUGUGCAAACUUUAAAUGGAAGGAGCGUUGUGAUAAACUCUCAUAAUUCAGGAAGUGUUGCCGCUUUGGUGAGCUCGGCAAGCAGCACAGUGCCCGCCGUCGCGGUUGUCAACAACGGACCGAGCUCCGUAGUCAAAGGAAACGUAGUCUUACCCUCAACUUCCAGCACAGUCAUUCAAACACCUCUUAUGCACAAUGCUGUCACUUCAACUGUGAUAUCGUCUCAGCUGUCUGUUCUAAACAGUGUGCCCACUGUCACGCUCGUGAGGCCGCCUAUGCAACCCCUCGGAACAAUCACCGCGCAGAGCGGGAGUAAUAAUACGGUUCUGAUACGAUCUGCCAACGUUGCCCACCCUGCAAGUUCAGAAGCGCAAAUCAACACAUUGGAGUCUCCAAAAACGACCACACAAACGACUUCAGAAGUGACCAGCCCCAGUGUUGUAGGUAAAAGCCUGGUUUUACAAAAUGUGAGGACCUCCAUCCCAUCGACAAUUGCAGCCUGUCCUGGUGGGAUAAAGGCGAUCGCGCCACAGGUGUUCUCCCCGAGACUUCCGCAACCCCAACAAAAUGCUUCAAACAUCCAAAACAUUCAGCUCCCUCCAGGCAUGGUGCUGGUACGCAGUGAGAGUGGGCAGCUUCUGAUGAUCCACCAGCAGACCCUGGCCCAGAUGCAAUCCCAGUCCCAGAGCGCCAUGACCCCACGGGCAGCUACCCCCACCAGCACUCCCCCUGUCCAGAUCACUUCUGUACAGGCUCCAGGGACGCCCAUGAUGUCCCGUCAGGUGACCCCCACCAUCACUAAGCAGGGCUCCACGGCCCAGACCACCGUCCAGGCCACCACCACCCUCCAGAGGCCUCCUGUACUACAACAGAACACCAUUAUGCUGGGUGGAGCGGCCGCCACCUCAGGUCAGGCUCCAGUGCAGCCUUGCUCAGCAGCAGUCACCCAGAGAGCAGGGACACCAGUCGUUUCUACCAUGGAGAUCCUGGAGAAUGUGAAGAAGUGUAAGAACUUCCUGUCCACGCUGAUCAAACUGGCAUCCAGCGGGAAGCAGUCGUCUGAGACCACAGCCAACGUCAAGGAGUUAGUCAAGAGCCUGCUGGAGAGUAAGAUCGAAGCGGAGGACUUCACCAGUCGGUUAUACCGGGAGCUCAACUCCUCUCCUCAGCCAUAUCUCGUGCCUUUCCUCAAGAGGAGUCUUCCUGCACUGCGUCAAAUGACCCCUGACUCGGCAGCCUUCAUCCAGCAGAGCCAGCUGCCUCACACUGGCGCCCAGCCUGCCGCCCCCUCCAAGGCCUUGACUGCUGCGGUGCUGGGGGGCAUGUCCACGGCACAGAACUCCCGUCUCAACAGUAGUAGCCCUGGGGCCAAGGGGACCAUGCACCAGUCUCCUGUCAUCAGCCUGGCCCAGACACCUCAUAACAAGCCUGGCCUGAUGGUGCCUCAGCAGCAGGGGGCAAUGGGGAGGCCUCAGGUGACUCUGGCCCAGUCACCCAUGGUUACGCUCCGAGGCCAGCCCCACAGUCACAUCAUCAUGGGGCAGCCGCAGGUGGUCAGACAGCUUCAGACAGUUCCUGUAGUGAAGCAGGCUCUAGCACCAGGAGCCAAGGUACCACUGGGGCCCCAGUCUAUGCUCUCUGUAGUACUGAAGAACAGGCAGAAGGAGGCAGGCGGAGGAACCUUCAAGGAUGAUGAUGAUAUAAAUGACGUGGCCUCUAUGGCUGGAGUCAACCUAUCAGAGGAGAGUGCCCGCAUUCUGGCAACCAACUCUGAGCUGGUCGGCAUGGUGACUCGCUCUUGUAAAGACGAGGCCUUCCUCUACACCUCUUCACUAACCCAGAGAGUACAUGAGAUAGGCGGGAGGUUAGGGGUGACUGACCUGGGGCCGGAGGUGAUCAGCUACGUGUCCCAUGCAACACAGCAUCGACUGCAGAACCUGCUGGAGAAAUUGACGGUGGUGGCGCAGCAGAAAAGCAUCACCUUCAAGGAGGAUGAUAAGUGUGAACAGGUGAGUGAUGUGCGAUCACAGCUGAAGUUCUUUGAGCAGCUGGAUCAGAUGGAGAAACAGAGGAAGGAGGAGCAGGAGAGAGAGAUCCUGAUGAAGGCAGCUAAGUCUCGAUCACGACAAGAGGACCCAGAGCAGCUUCGGCUUAAACAGAAGGCUAAAGAGAUGCAGCAGCAGGAACUGAAUCAGAUCAGGCAGAAGGAGGCCAACAUGACGGCCCUGGCAGCCAUCGGCCCCAGGAAGAAAAGGAAAAUGAACUUCCCUGUCAGCGGAACCGGGGCUGAGGACUUGUGCUCUGGUCCCUCUCCGUCAGGUGGGUACAGUAGCGGAGGCUCCAGGCCUCAGCGCCAGCGCAUCACCCGGGUUAACCUCAGGGACCUGCUCUUCUGUCUGGAAAAUGAGAGGGAGACCAGCCGCUCACACCUGCUCUAUAAAGGCCUCCUCAAAUAACACAGGGAGACCGGACAUGCCCAAUAACGCUUUUCUAAGGGACAAGAAAUGAAUGAGACUAACCAAGUCACUCACCUCCCUAACAGACAGAGACCAGCCACUCCCUAUAGCACCUCCCUAACAGACAGAGACCAGCCACUCCCUCUAUAGCACCUCCCUAACAGACAGAGACCAGCCACUCCCUCUAUAGCACCUCCCUAACAGACAGAGACCAGCCACUCCCUAUAGCACUUCCCUAACAGACAGAGACCAGCCACUCCCUAUAGCACUUCCCUAACAGACAGAGACCAGCCACUCCCUCUAUAGCACCUCCCUAACAGACAGAGACCAGCCACUCCCUAUAGCUCCUCCCUAACAGACAGAGACCAGCCACUCCCUAUAGCACCUCCCUAACAGACAGAGACCAGCCACUCCCUAUAGCACUUCCCUAACAGACAGAGACCAGCCACUCCCUAUAGCACUUCCCUAACAGACAGAGACCAGCCACUCCCUAUAGCACUUCCCUAACAGACAGAGACCAGCCACUCCCUCUAGCACCUCCCUAACAGACAGAGACCAGCCACUCCCUAUAGCACCUCCCUAACAGACAGAGACCAGCCACUCCCUAUAGCACUUCCCUAACAGACAGAGACCAGCCACUCCCUCUAUAGCACCUCCCUAACAGACAGAGACCAGCCACUCCCUAUAGCACCUCCCUAACAGACAGAGACCAGCCACUCCCUAUAGCACCUCCCUAACAGACAGAGACCAGCCACUCCCUAUAGCACCUCCCUAACAGACAGAGACCAGCCACUCCCUCUAUAGCACCUCCCUAACAGACAGAGACCAGCCACUCCCUAUAGCACUUCCCUAACAGACAGAGACCAGCCACUCCCUCUAUAGCACCUCCCUAACACAGAGACCAGCCACUCCCUAUAGCACCUCCCCUAGAGACAAGAACAACCAAUAGCACCUCCCUCAAAGGGCAAGAUAGACCAGCUACCCUUGAUGGUACCGUCUCUUCCUCUGUGCUCUCCUAGAAUCAUGACCUCCUAGACUAGAGGAGAGACCAAUGACACCUGGAAAAUGAAUAAUCAGCUGAACCCUACACUCCCUCCUCAAGAGAGACCAGGCUGUUGCAGCUGUGAAACAAUGAGUUGUUGGGACUGACCUAUCAGACUAGCUCUUCUGGCCUUCUUCGCAAUUGCCUGAUCCCUCCUGAUGACCCAGUUGGACAUGACUUCAACAAGGUCACCAGGAGAGAUCUGCCAAUAAAGUUGGAAGUCCCACCUAGUUGACCACAUUAAAAUGGUGGAUGCCCCCAAUGGCGCUGCCUAUGCUAAUACGGCCUUUUGUCCACUAGAGGCCUCAAUCAUUCUCCAUGUUAGAGACCUGCUACUGGCAACCAGGUCCCCUCCCAUACACUCCCCUAGAGGGGAAAUGCUCUUAUUUGUGAGGUCUCCUUUGGGUCUGGAAAUAUCCUCAUGUUUUGCAGUAGGGACAUGCAUUAGCUUUUCCAUCCUUUAACCUCAUGCAAUAUAUGAUUAGACGUUCUUUAGAAAGAUCCCCAGCUAGAGGACUUUUAAACACGUUUAACCAACAAAUGUAUAAACCUGCAGGAGUAACGUCAAAUACCUGACGAUACAGAGACUCUUUGCAUUUUGUUGAGGAGACGUUUUAUUUUUCCUAUUUUCUAGUCAUUCAUUCUAGUGCUCUUUUACUGACUGAGGAUUAUUUUCAUUUGACUGGUAUUACUCUUCCAUCGAGCUGCCUUGCAGCCAUAAUAAGCCAUAUUAAUCAUACAUCUCUAACUCUCCACCUCUGAUGACAGAACUCCUUCUCAAUCAGUCAAUAUUCCACAGAGAUUUUAGACUUGUUUGAUUUCUGCUUUAGCAUCUCUUCCCAGGUGAUUGUGUGUUGGACUUUGUUUUUAAUCACUUAUAAUGAUUAUUUAUUUUGUCAGCAUGUCUGUUGCUAACAUUUGUACAUGUAUAUGCAUACAUGAAAACACACACACAUCCUAUGGAAGCAGUCGGUAAAUUGUAGGUUUUUAUCAGUAGACCGUGUGAAGAAAUUGAUAUACAAUAUAUAUAUAUAUUUUUUUUUUCAGAAGAGUAAUGUAAAACAAUUUACAUUAAUUAAUUGAUGCAACAAUGAAAAGUGAGACUGAUGCAAAGUUGGCAAUAGGUAGCGUUUAUGAUUGAAGGGAGGCCAUUGCUAGCUGCCAUGGUGAUGUGGGAUGGUAUGCAGAAUGCACCCCCGAACGAUCCGUUUUUUAAUCAAGCAGUCGGUCAGAAGCAUACACCCACUUUAUGUAUAUUCUUUAUAUUUCUUAGCGCACAUACUAAUUGGUUGGUUGUUAAGCUUUUGGAUGGUAUUGAUGAAACCUUUCAGACUGUACAUAUUUUUCAAUACUGUAGCCCCUAGCAGCUGUUACGCAUCUUUCCCUUUAUCCAUGUUCUAUCAGAGAACUGUUUUUAGUGAAAAACCUGAAGCAGAUGACUUCUUAUUAAUAUCUUGUACAUUUUGCACAGCCACUUGUUAAUAUGUAAAUAUUCUAACUGAAAGAAUGUUUUUUAAUUGCAAUUGUUUUAUAGUUGAUUGAGAGAGAAUGCUCUCCUUCAUUAAAAAAAUGAAAAA